UGAAAACAGAGGCGGUGCGCACGCGCAGACAGAUCACCGCGGCGCUGCACGACGCACGCGCAUUAGUGAAACAAAAUGUUUUCAAAUCGGUCAAGUUUACGACGGAAAUAAACAGUGGACUAGUUCAAGCGACUAAAUGUUCUAAGGUUCAUUUCUGAGGGUUUAAAAUUGAUAAAACAAACACACUUUUGGACAAAGAAGACGUAAUAUUUGAAGAUCGACAGGGAUUUGAAGAUUAACACUCGUAUCAUAUCUACAACGAUUAGUGUGAAAAGUAAUACAUCAAAAAUAGCAAAAUUAAAAAAAUGGCAUCGCCACCUGAUACUCCUACGGAACUGUCAACACCAUCAGUGACCCUGGAAAGUUCCCCAGAAUCCUCUCCGGGACCUGAAGUGGUGAACAAAUUCAACUGGCUGAAGCAAGUCCAUGCAAAUAGAAGAAACCCAUUCGUGAAGCCCCGACCUUCACUAACCAGAGAGAGUUCUGCAGCAGAUCUGUAUUCCAGGGAAAAUUCUAGCAAUGACUUCUUCCAGAAUUCCAGAGUGAAUUUGUUUGAAACUUCGCCUCGGCCUGAAGCCACUUCCAAUUCGUAUAAGAAGGGCAUGACGUUCAUAGCAUGGCAUCAGCGCACGCGGCUGGAGCGAGUCUUGCUGGGAAUGACGACAAUGCUGUUCCUCGUGGUGAUCCUGACCAGCUUCAUGCUGGUGACUAUGCAAGGCCCCACUGAUUUGCCAAUGCCACCGUGUUACAAGCCGGAUUCUGAAGAAUCUAGUGUCUGCCUGUCAGGAUCGUGCAUCUACACAGCUAGCGAGGUGAUCAAGGCCUUGGAUGAGACCCAGGAUCCAUGUGAAGACUUCUACGAGUUCGCCUGUGGAGGAUGGAUACGCAACAACCCAAUUCCGGAGGGGAAACCCAGCUGGGGCAUCUUCAGCAAAAUUGAAUUGCAGAAUCAGUUGACCAUCAGAUAUGCUUUGGACCAAGUCAACAUCUCGAACCCUAACGACGCGGAAGCCAAAGCCCGUAUAUACUACGACGCUUGUAUAGACACAAACGAGACAAUCGAGAAGCUAGGCGAGAAGCCAUUGGUGGGUGUCAUCAAGAAGCUGGGAGGCUGGCACAUCCUGCCAAAUACAAUGAUCAAGCAGCAGAAGUUUGACCUACAGAAACUGGUGCAAGACGUUCAGAACACAUACAAUCUCGGCGGGCUUUUCAACUGGGCUGUUACAGAAGACGACCGGAAUUCGUCCAAGCACGUUAUUGUGUUGGAUCAAGGCUCACUAAACCUUCCUACACGCGACAACUAUCUAAACAAAACGGCUCAUAAGAAAGUGUUAGACGCUUAUUUAGACUACAUGACGCGAAUAUGCGUACUUUUGGGCGCCAAUAAGAGCGAGGCCAGAGCUCAGAUGACCAAAGUCAUACAAUUUGAGACAGACUUGGCUAAUAUAACCACACCGAUGGAAGAUAGGAGAGAUGAGGAAGGAUUGUACAACCCGUUUAACAUCAGCGAGUGGCAGAAAGUCGCUCCUUUCAUGAAUUGGACUAUGUUCUUUAACGAUGCCUUCAAAUUAGUUAAUAGAACGAUAUUGGACUCUGAAAGAAUCGUGGUAUACGCACCUGACUAUUUCAAGAACCUAACCAAGAUCAUUCGGCGUUAUAGCAAGACGGAAGAAGACCAAAGAACAAUAACGAGUUACAUGAUGUGGCAAGUGUCGCGGUCUCUGUCGACUUACCUGUCGAAGUCGUUCCGUGACGCAACCAAGAUCUUGCGGAAGGCGCUGUACGGCUCCGAAGGCACCGAGGAAUCUUGGAGAUAUUGCGUCACUGAUACUAAUAAUGCUAUUGGGUUUGCAGUUGGAGCAAUGUUCGUCCGAGAAGUGUUCCACGGUGAAGCGAAAACGCAAGGAGAGUGCAUGAUUGACAACAUACGGAACGCCUUCAAAGAGAACCUCAAGAACCUGCAGUGGAUGGACAAGGAAACCAGGAAGGCAGCGGAGACUAAGGCUGAUGCUAUUACUGAUAUGAUAGGUUUUCCCGACUACAUCCUCCACAAAGACGAGCUGGAUAAACAAUAUGCCGAAUUAGUUGUCAAGCCGAAUGAAUACUUCGAAAACAACAUCGCAUUCAACGUGUUUAGCCUGAAGAACGACCUUAGUAAACUGGAUAAGCCUGUCAACAAGACUAAGUGGGGGAUGACACCAUCAACAGUCAACGCGUACUACACCCCAACUAAGAACCAAAUAGUGUUCCCGGCCGGAAUCCUACAGCUACCAUUCUAUGACGGCGACAACCCUAAAUGCGUGAACUACGGAGCCAUGGGUGUCGUUAUGGGACAUGAACUAACCCAUGCUUUUGACGACCAGGGACGAGAGUAUGACAGAUUUGGAAACCUGAACCAAUGGUGGAACAACGCAACCAUAAAAACAUUCAAGGAACGCGCCCACUGCUUUCAGCGGCAAUAUUCGAAUUAUUCGGUCGAUGGACAACGUUUGAACGGCAAACAAACCCUUGGUGAAAAUAUAGCCGACAAUGGAGGAUUGAAGGCAUCAUUCCAUGCUUACGUUAACUACAGCAAAACAGCUAAAACGAAUUAUACUCUCCCGGGAUUGAAGUACAAUCAUCGCCAGCUGUUUUUCAUUUCCUUUGCUCAGGUGUGGUGCUCAGCAAUGACCAAAGAAUCAACAAAAAUGCAAAUUGAAAAAGACGACCACACAAUCGCCAAAUACAGGGUGAUCGGUCCGAUAUCCAACUUGAAGGAAUUUUCAGAAGAGUUUCACUGCCCCUUAGGUUCCAAAAUGAACCCGGUAAAAAAAUGUGAAGUUUGGUAAACAUCGUCAUGUUAUUUAGAAAGAGCUUAUGCUUGAGCUGCCAUAUUUAUUAAAGCAGCAUUGUAAUAGCGAUUGAUUUAAGUACGGUAUGAAAUCGAAAUAAGGUGACAAGAUCUAUGAAAAGCCUUACUAGAAAAUUGAUAAUAAUAAUAAAUUAGUAACACAAUCUGUUUAUUCCCAACUUAAUAUAAAAGUAUUUAAAGAGUUUUGAAUUUAGCCAUUUCUAGGUUUUCAUUAGUCAUAACGUGUAUAAUACUAACACGAUUUUCUAAUAGAAUAUACAAAUUUCGUAUAAAGGAAAUAACUAACUUUAAUUAAUUUAGUUUUUCUAGUCGGGCUUUGUGCAAAAAAUUAAAGGUAUAUAAUAUUAUAAAGGAUUGUGUACAAUUUAUGAAAUUUCUUUGUUUGUGAUACGUUAGAUGUAUCAAUUUUGUUUUAAAUGUCUUAUAUUAUUUAUUGUACGCAUAUAUUAUGUGAAAACGGGUAUCUAUGUCUACACCAUAAAGAAAUAAGGUACAAUUUUCGGAUUCGGAAUUGCUUAGAAAUAGUUUAUGAAUGAUGGAAAUUAAAUCACAUUCGUUUCUUCGCGUUUAAUGUUUUUAAAAAAUGGAAACAAGACAAUUCAUGAAAUACUACUUUAACUAUCCAAAUAUUGUAAUAUUUCAAUCUGAAUACAAAUAUUUUUAAGCAAUUCGAAAUAAACUUACCUUUGCCAAACCGUAUGGCUUCCUUUAAAAUUACUUAUUAUACAUAUAUUUAUAUUGCUUUUUAUGUUAGUAAUCUUAUCAUAAUACCGCUCGCUUCUACAAAAUAUCACGGUAUUGUUAAUAAAUAGACUAUAUAAUAAGGACAUUCCAAAAUGAGCAAAUAAUACUACAGCGACAUAAGCAAGCUAUGUUGCUAUUGUACUUACAAUAAUAAAAUUCUGAGCGGUUAUGCUAGGAUCUUUAGACAAACUACGUUUUCUAAUAAAUGUUUAGCUGUACUUAAUUUUAUAUAAAUGUAUAUUUAUUAGUGCCAUUAGUGAACAAAUGUGCAGUACAUGUUUAGUUUAAAGCGUUUUACGUAUAUUAAGUAGUGAAAAUGCUGGUCAUUUCUAGUAAAAUCCAGUCGAAGUUAGUCAAAAGAGUAUUCGCGAUCAGGUAAGACUACUAAGCGACUAUUCUAGGGUUUGAGCGAAUAUCUUGGAACAAAAAGGCUUUCAUUUAUAUGAAAUGGAUUGAUUAUGGCUAAUUUCGACUGGGUUUGCGUUUUAUUUUAAUACAUAAAUGUUGUUAGAUCGUGUGAUAUAGUGCGUGUUAAAUGUUACAUUGUAGGUACAUACAGCUACAAAAGAGUGUACCUAACACUUAUCAGUUAACCUUUCUCGUGUGAGUGGCACUUUAUAGAUUAUUAACUUUUAUUCGGGGCUUUGUCCGCCUAAAAAAGUUUUUCUGGUUUAUAAUUUUACAGAAUAAUACGGUUAUGUCCUUUCUAAGGUCUUAAUCUAUCUUUAUACAAAAUUUUAUAGAUAUCCGUUCAGUAGUUUUUGAGAUUAGUACUUCAGAUAGAUCGACGUGGUGGAGGACUGUCUUAAUAUGUAGGGAUAAUCAGUCUCAUAUCUCUUAUAAUUGAUAUGCCAUUACCAAAAAAAGUUUUCUAUUUAGCGGACUAAAGUUCAUAAAUUAUAAUAGAGAGCCAAAAGUGCAAUUGAUUUAUUCAUAAUAUUAAUAUUUGUUAAAGAAAAUCAAAUGCUAAAAAACUUGGUGGAAUAUUCUUUUGAAGGAAACCUGAAUUUACUUUUCUCUUGUGCGUGAAAGGUUAAAAAAAUAUAUAUAAAUAUAUGUUGCUUUCGUGUUGAAUAUAUUAAGAUUUUGAUAUGUGUGUGGGUACAUACUUUUUGGGACCAGCUGUAUUUUUUUUAUGAACGUACCAGUGGAUUUUAAUUUACAUCAUAAUUCAUAUCAUAGAAGUACAAAUAGAUGAGAUUUCUGUAACUGCAUAGUAUUGUAACGCCUUGUUUUUCGUGGAAAUUUAAAAGCUUAUGUGUUGUGGGAAAUUCAAUAAAUACUGUAUGGUUAUUUUUUAUUCGUCUGUCUUAUAAUAUUAUGUCGUUUUUCUAAUAUUAAUAUGCGAGUAAGGUGAAAAGAAUUUUGCCAUUAUUUAUUUCGACACAUAUAUUAUAUGUCUUUUUGCUUUAGUUUUUUACAACACAUAAGCUUUUACUAUAUUGCGUAAUGAUAAAAUAUGACAAUAAACACUAAAAUCGUCAUCCUUUGUCUCUUUCAUCAAAUAACUAGUUACAAUUUGAAUACUUUCACCAGUCAUAUUUAUCAUAAACUCAACCUUAUUUGCAUGGGUCUAAAAAUAAUAGAUACCUAUAAUUCUAUUAUCGACAUCAUAAGAUUUCAGUAUUUUGCCCUAGCUCUUAGCUUUAAACAAUUUAUGAUGUAUAAAUGCUACAAAAAUCACUUUAUUGAAAAUUCUUCAAGAUCAUAUUUUUUAUAUCCAUUUAAAUAGCUUGUUGCAGCGCAGUUCUUAAAGUUUUGACCUGUCAUAAUAUCUUCACAUAAAAAUUAUAUCUUCAUAAUAUAUUAUUGAACCAUUUGCAUAAUUUAAUUUUUAUUAGAUAGGUAUUUCAAGAGAUAAUUAUAAAUCAUCACGAAUAUGCGUUUUCAUAUUACAUAUUGCAUAUCUAAUACCAAUAUCCAUAUAGAAUAGUAGUGUAGCGUCUGACCAAUUUAUAUUGUACCAUUUUGAAUCAUAGGCAGUAUAAAUAAAUGUUGUGUGCCUAAUCCCUGUAGAGUUUAAGUGAAAUUUCUAUAGCAAUUUUUUUUUCAGUAUUAAACCCGUCAGGAGUCGUGUCACAUGCAUUUUUUGUAAUAUUAUUUUUUUCACAAAUUACUAAUACAAAAAUUUCUAACAUCAUUAAUUCUUAGCAUGUGAAAAGCGAGUAUAAACUUGUAGAAACAAUAAUUGUAUCCGGUUUUUCCACUUUCAAAAAGAAUACAGUCUUUUAAUCCACUUUAUUCAUUUGCUAUAGAAAAUUUAUCUAAAUAUGCGUCUUAAACACCAAUUAGUAAAGUAACCAACCAGUAUUUAAGCAGCGUUAGUAUAUUUUAAAGCUAUUUAAUGGACAUAAGCAUGAAUUAUAUGAAAUAGCCGGCCGAUUUUAUAUGUUUUAUUUACUUAUAGAUUUUGAAUAUUUUGACAGUUCGGAGUCGCAUUUAGAAUAAUAUGUUUUCCGACAAAUGUAUGACUGAUUUGUAUUUUGUUUGAUCUUUGUAAAAAAUAAAGUUGUGUUGCCCACACUUUCCAGUAAA